GGGCCGGGGCGGGGCGCGGAGCGGCGGCGGCGGCGCGGCCAUGGGGAACCUCUUCGGGCGGAAGCGGCGGAGCCGCGUCACGGAGCAGGACAAGGCGGUGCUGCAACUGAAGCAGCAGCGGGACAAGCUGAAGCAGUAUCAGAAGCGGAUAAACCUGAACCUGGAGCGGGAGCGAGCGCUGGCCCGGCAGCUGCUGAAGGACGGCAAGAAAGAAAAAGCCAUGCUCUUGCUGAAGAAGAAGCGUUACCAAGAGCAGCUUCUAGAUAGAACAGAAAACCAAAUCAGCAACUUGGAGCGGAUGGUCCAGGAUAUUGAAUUCACCCAGAUCGAAAUGAAGGUCAUCGAGGGCCUGAAAAUAGGCAACGAAUGUCUGCACAAGAUGCACCAGGUUAUGUCAAUAGAAGAAGUAGAAAGAAUAAUAGGUGAAACCCAGGAUGCUGUGGAGUACCAGAGGCAAAUAGAUGAGAUACUGGCUGGCAGCCUGACAGAGGAGGACGAAGAUGCCAUUCUAGAAGAAUUAAACGCUAUUACUCAGGAACAGAUGGAGCUUCCAGAAGUUCCUUCUGAGCCACUCCCAGAGCCGCUCCCAGAGAAGAUCCCAGAAGCAUCUCCCGUCAAGAACAGGCCAAAGCCAGAGCUGGUGGCAGCGUCUUAACUCCUGCUGCUGGGGAUUCCCCCACAUACCUUUCACCCAGGACAGUUUGCCAUCCCAGCGUGUGCUGGGAACAAGCAAUGCCUUGGCAGCACCCCAGCUGUGCUGGGCGGAUGUGAAGCAGGAUUCCCUGUGCAAGGUGGGGAACCUCAGCUCAUCAUUGCUCUUGUAUCAAGAUUAUUUUCUAGUGCUUUCUUUUUUUGUAACUCAAACCCUGAAGUCACUCAGCUGCGCUGUCGCAGGAUUAAACAGCAACUCCUCAACUUGGGAAGCCAAAUGCUUUCUCUAGGACUGAUUUCAGUGAAGAACCUGCCUUUGCUCUGGCUGAGUCCUCAGGAGACACCACCCUUGGAGCGAUGGAGUGUUUGAAAUGGUUGGGCAAGAACGAGCCGCUGCCCUCGGACCCUCCAGACCACGCUGGUGUCUUCUCUGCCCUCAGUCCUUUGCUUUCCCUCUUCUGAUUCUGUUUGUGGAAGAGCUGCCGGUGUCUCUUGUGCUCGUGUAGAUCCGACUGGCUGGUGCGUGUGAGGCCCAGACAGGGCACGGGCAGCCUGGAGGAAGGCAGCGAGCCUGAGCUUCUGCAGGCUGUGACGCUUCGUGCGAUGGGUUGGAAGCGGUUCUGUGUAAAACCAGCUCACGAGUGACGUGUUCUCACUUGAGCAAAGGUCAGAGGAUGGCUCAGCAGUGGCUCUGACGCAGGAAAAGCCGGAUCUCGGUGCAGGUGACAAGGUGGCCUGUGCUGGGCGUGAGGCAGGGACGCUUGGUAACCAUUCCAUUGGGAUCCCGCUCCGCCUGCGUGCACUCAUGGUGCUGAGUGAGACCUUGGGGUGACAGGAAUCUGAUGAGCCUCUUCAAAUCCCAGCAAGGAGUCUUGUGCCUGCGUUGUGAGCCAGGAGCCACCCCUGGCUGGCUCUGCACCAUCGACAGAGUUCACCUUUGCAGUGUUCUGCUGGGCUGGGAUCGAUUCCGCUUCCAGUUGCCAGCUCGUGUUUGAUAUUUCCUUGCAGGGUCGGAGACAGGAAAGGUCAGGCUGGGAUAAACAUGAGGCUCGUUCUGUACCAGACAUGAAGGUUCUUAGAUCAUCCUUCCAAAGACUCUUCUCAGUAAGCAGAGGGCAGAGCAGUUCCAUCCGUGCUGUGGAUGGGCUGGUGCUUCCUGCGGUGCGGCGGGCGCUGGGGUCGGCACGGAUGAGGGGUUUGGAAUGCUGCCUGGCCAUGCAGGUGGUGGGCAGAUGUAGCUGUUCUUGGAAGCAAGCUGUAUUUGCCAGCCUGCAGAUGCUCUUCAGGACACUGUGCAUCUUUAUUUAUUACGUUCUCAAAGCCACAACCCUUAGUCCCUGUUUCUGUGACAGCAGCAGAAGGACCAGCGGGUCCUUGGAGACUUCUGGUGGCUGCCUUUGGGGUUAUGUGAUCUGGUGCUAGACAAUAAUAAGUACUCCCAGGGGCUGUGCUGCUCUCUGUGGGGUGAUGGGCCAGCAGCAGCUCUGUUCUUGAGUCGUCCUUUCUGUGUCAUCUCCGUUAUGUUCCAAAGACCAGCCGGGGCAUCCUCCUCCUCCCCCCGCGCGCGUGUGGCUUCGAGGCAGUUUGCACCUUGGAGCUGCAGCGUUUCCAGUCCCACCCCCCUCUCAAUGUGUCAUAGGAAAGCCUUGGGCCCGUGUUUACUGACCAGGGCAGCUUUAGCCAACAAACACCUUUCUCUGGAACGGGCAGAGUGGGUUUAAACUGAGCCUUGGGCCUGAGCUGAGUGCUCUGGUCACCCGGGCAGGGUUUGGAGCAAACCCUCCCCCAGCUCUCACAGCAGAGCCGGGGCUGGGCUGUGUCCUGUUCUGCGCUCCUGGGCUAGUUUCCUGCAGACAGGGCCCUUGCUCUGCUCCGAGCUGCAGCCCGGCUCUCCUGCAACGCGCACUCUUCCCACCAGAGGGAGCCUUGUCUUCAGCCGCACGCUGGGUCUGUACCAUUGUUGUGCAACGUUUUUCUUUCAAGGCUCCUUCAGUCGUUGCUGGCCUGGUGUUGACGUGUUUAACUGUGCCCUGUUUAAUUUGUAAUCCAUAGGAGGGAAUGCUGGCCUCAACCAUGCGCUCCUGAAGGGACCUUUCCUGGGAGCACAGCUCUUGCUGCUACCACUUUGUGUAAAGCCUGUUAAAUGGGGUUGGCACAUCACCACCUCUGAGGAGGAGGGAGCACACCUCAGCCCGUGUGCUCCAGUUUGCUUUCUCAUGAGCAUCCUGGCACAAAGACACGAGCCAGCGUCCCUGGGGAAGCUGUUCCAGGUGGGAACAGCUCCAGAGGGAGCAGGGUUAGGGGUGAAGGGGUUAAUGCAGCUCCUGGUAUUUGUUAAUACAGCAAAGAGGCCGCUUACAGAACUAAUAGGAAAGUUGGGAGCAGAUUGCCAGCGGCUUCCUCCUCUAAUCCCUGCACCAACCACAUUGUGUGUGUCUCCUUGAGAGGAAGAGCCAGGAGGGGUGGGUGACCUCUGCGUGUGCUCUAACAAUAAACUGUUUCUGAUGGUUUCACCGA